AUGGGGGGAAGCUCACUUUCGACGGCAGAGGGAUUUGAACGAUCCCCAUACAUUUGUGGACUUACUUGUGCAACUUUGAAACCCACAAUGCGUCUGUCUUCAAGCGUUUACUAUCCGAAGUAUGGUAUUGGCGCCUUUGGGACGUUCCCUUUGAAUAUGGCAAACAGAGCAUGCUCAGCAGAUUAUGGUGUCAUGGGUUUAAGAUAUGGUUCAGAGAAUCUAUCAAUUGGGGUCUCCUUCGUCCCAUUUCCUUCGCCUGGUGAGGUACCCUACGGUGCAUGGUUGGCUGGGAGAAAACGAAAUUUAAGUGCAGGCAUACAAUACAAACCGCUAGGUGGAAGCAAGCAUCCUAUGCCUUUUACAGACUUGAAGAACUGGAAUUUUGCAAUCGGUUAUGGUCUGGGCUCAACUAGCCCACUCAGCGCUUCAUUUACUUUUGCACUAGAGCUCAUUAGAAGGUCACAGGUUUGUUAUAUUUUUUAUUAUUUGACAAGAAAGAUUCCUAUUGUUUGUUAG